AUGUCUGAUUCAACCAAUAUUAUUGAAAAAACAACAAAUCCAGAAGAAAUCGAAGAGGAUCAGAAGAAUGGUGGAAAUGAUGAAGAUAGUAUUUUGAUAAAAAAUGGGGCUAAGGAUGGAAAUAUGGCGGAUGUUGAGGAUUUGGAGAGAGGAGAGCUAGGACGAGUUAUGAAAAAAGAUAGAGAGAAAAACUAUGGAAGAGAGGAGGAAUCAAGGUUGAUCAGCUACGAGGAAUUAAAACAAUACAGAAAAAGUCCGUUGUGGAGAGCAUUGAGAUUUUUACUUUUUGGAGGUGUUGCAGUCAUUUUUGUUGCCCUAAUUACAGUAGCCGUUUUAAUUGUAAUGAUGAGUUCAAGAUGUGAAGAAUUACCUGAUGGAGUAGGGCUGGUUAUGCCAAAAGAGGAGCAAAUCCCAAAAGUCUAUCCACGCCAAUUGACAGUUCUCACUGGCCAAGAAGCCAUUUUCCACUGUGAAUUCCCCACUGGACAGGUUGAAUGGAGGCGGCUGGAUCCUCACGGCCUUUUUGCCGAGUUUCCUUCGGGAGUUGAAAGAACAGAAAAUGGACAACUUAAAGUCCCUGUAGCGGAUAUAAACCAUCAAGGAGAAUUUGCUUGUCAAGUAAAGGAUGAAAGCAAUACCAAAAAUAUGAACACCCCUCAAGUUGUUCGACUUUCUGUGUUGAAUUCAGCAAUAAAAGAGAAUGAGGGAGAGAAGCCUCCUAUAACUAGUCGAAAUGGACGAGAAGAAUUACCUCCACUAGCCUUAAAGCCUCGUGUAGACUCGUACCUAAUGAUUGCUUCUGCCGGUGAACCUGUUCACUUUAGAUGUUGGAAUUGCCAAUUUGCUGAGUGUAGGACAAGCCAUAGACUUGUGUGGCAAAAAGUUAACGGCAGCAAAAGCGGGGAAAAUGAAAGUAAGGGAUUUUGGGGGGAUUAUAAGGGUUGUGGGGAGUGUAUGAGAAGUAGUGCGGAGGGAUCAUUAAGGGUGGUGAAGGGAAUUUCCAAUUAGUAAAAGUGAAGGGAACAUUUAAAAUCAGGGUGAAUGAAGCAUUCAAACGUAAGGUUAAGUAGCAUUGAAAGUAGGGUGAUGGAGUGUGACUGAAGGAACAUAUGUAGGUAGGGUGAAGGAG